UUGGGGGUAGAGGAUCAUGUGGCUAUCCUGACCUUCACUCUUUGCCCUAGAACCAUGGAUCCCAAUGAAAUGCCUGCCGUGUCCUGCUGUCCCCCCAACCCCAUCACUGGGCUUGAGACCAGAGCCCCGUGGGGGAUUGGAUUUAGGUCUAUAAGAGCUAUACGUCGCUGUGUCCGCUACUGGAAGCAUGGCAUCACGGACCAAGUCAAGGACCCAGGGCACCUCUGCCUCUUCCAGGCCUGCAAGCGUCGCAAGUGUUCCCGCUUCUCGGAACACUGCAGCAUCUUGCCUGCUGAGCAUGCCUUGAAGAGGGAGCUGGCGCCACACCAAAGGGGGCCCCUGACUCGAAGUCAGCUAAGGAGACUGAGCACCCUUCCGAAAGCUCAGAGCCAUGUCGAGAAGGAGGCCAUUCAAGAAGGAGUCAUCAGCAAGCUGCCAAGGAGCUCUGCUGAUCGGUCAAGCCACGGAAUCUUUGUCUCUGUCCUGGACUCCAGCACCCUUGAUGAAGCAACUAACAAUUUCUCUUUUGAAGAAUUCCCACAGGCCCCCUGCCUUGCCCAGCAGGCUCCCAAAGCUUGUGACCAGGCCUCGGUUUCUGCCUCCUUAGAGUGGCAGCGGAAGCUAGAAGCGGCUGAGGCUCUGCUGGCUCUGAGAGAAUCUUGCCAGGCCCCUUCUAGCUCCAUCUCCCUGCUCCAGCCUUGCACUGUGCCAGCUCCUGCCGGAGAUAGAGGACUUCAGCCUCCUCCCCCCAACCCUCUCCAACCCAAGCCGGCCAGCUCUGUUUCUGUGCCUAUUGGACACCUGGGGUGCAUCCCCCUCUCAAACUAGGAGCCUAGAGAAGGAGAACUCACUAGAAUACUGCCUAUUGAUGCAUUUGCAAAAUGUUUAAUGUCCAAAAUUCUUAGCAUCUUUUCUUUAAACCUUUAGGAGCUCUUAUAAGCUUUCAGACCCUUUUCAUUAUAUGGGGCAAUUCCUUGACUGAGGGUGGAUAUCCUUGUACCUCCAUCCUUUACCCUGUUGGAUCCCGGGGCCUUUUAAUGUCUCUUAUAAAAACAGGGUUGUGCAAUCUAAGCCGAUCAGUCUCUAAAUAGGGUUCUGUGUGAGUUCAUAUGUUCAUCUGCCAGAGUUUUUAUUUGACUCAUGAUUGCGAACAUACUAGUGCACUCAUGUACUUAUCCACGCAUGUGAAAAUCUGAAGAUGGUUCCAUUUUGUGUCUAGGUUUGUGUCUGUGAACAAAUAAUAAACCCUUG